CGCGCGAACCUGUAGGCUAGGAGCUGAUCUCAAACGACCUAUUAGGCGCUUGUUGGUUUCUAGGAUGAAUGACAGCCAUGUUUAAAGACUCCAAAGAGCCCAUGUCAUAACGGUCUUGCUUAGGUGACCUCUAACCCGACAACCUGGAUUCCAGAGUAGAUCAGUAUGUCCCUUCGCUGGUCAAAGCGUAUGUUCCCCCUUGCUCGUCCGUCCGGGGGCGAUUUGUAUGCGCGCGGCUCUCGGCCUGAGUCUAACCCAUGCCUUGACGGAUGCUCCGAGAACAACUUCAGACGUGCUGCUUUCGCAGUCUCUCGGAGUGGAAGUCGCAGGCCUGCAUACCAUGUCAGGCGAGAGCAGGGGACUGAAGGUGCAACCACGAGCACUUCACUAAGUCGAACCACGACAACGAGUAUCGAAGCUACCGCGACGCCGAGUGCCUUAUCAAUUGAAUCACCAUCACCUUCUUCAUCUACGACUGCGACGGCUGCACCGUCCAACCGCCCAAACUUCGCCGCCAUUGCAGGAGCCGCAGCCGGAGGCUUCGUCUUUCUCCUACUUGUCGGCAUCAUCAUUUUCUUCUGGCUCCACACGCAGAAGUCGCGCCGACACCACAACCGCACUUUCGAACGCCGGGUAUCAGAUUCCGGAGAUGCGGGAGAGAUGGCGCAAAAGCAACUUGUGAGGGUCUCAAUUGUAGCCGAGGAGCCUCCCAGCAUGCGUCCCGCGCUAUCGAUGCAGAGCCAUUCACGUAUCGGCACUACUCAGCUGAGGACUUCCAUUUGCCCCAAUCACCGGCCACUGCCUGGAAAACGUCUCACCGACCUACAACUUGGGAUCUAA